CCUUUUUGGUAUUGUUUGUGCUUGGACCUUAAUUAUCUCACUUUUUAGAAUUUCCCAGCUCUCCUGAACUGUUUUUCUCUUCAGGAUUUCCAUGCAUAGAAUCCUUCCUACUUUUUCUCUUAGCUUGUUGAAGUCAGCUCUCUUGAAAUCUAGAACACUAAUCUGGCUACCUUCAAAUCUCCCUGCUUGGAAUAUGGUGAAUUCUAGAAUUACAUGGUCACUCUCUUCCAAGGUUCGUACCACUUCCACUUCUUCCACCACUUAUUUUCUGUCACUAUGUAUUAAGUCUAAUAUAGUUGAUCCUCUAGUUUCCUUCUCUACCUUUUAGACAAUGAAGUUGUCUGCAAAGUAUAUCAAGAACCUGUUGGAUUCCCAAUUGCACAGAAUUUGACUCCCAGUUGAUGUCAGGGUAGUUGAAAUCCCAAUUAUCACAGUGCUGUAUUUCCUGGAUCGUGGUCAUCUGGUUUGCAAAUAUUUCAUCCCUUAGCCAACUUGCCCAUGGCCAUACUGAGUGGGAAAUUCUGGGAGUUGAAAUCUCAGCACACCAGGAGAGUUAGAUUGGAGAGGGCUAAUGAAGACAAUAACAAACUACCUAAAGAUAUAUCACUUAAUACAAGCCAGUUCCUUAUGUGCCUAUGUUUAAUAAAAGCUCAUAUGAUAUAUAGGUAUACUUUAUUGAAAAGAGAAGUUGAGUAGGCUUAGCGAUAGCUGCAGGUUCAGAUAGUUCAGAGAUGAGAGAUGCGAUUGCAUUGUCAUUGUCGCUGUCUUCUUUCUUGCAGUGCCAGAGCAGGGACCGGACACAUCAUUCCCUUUCAAGUAGAUGAGCCAACUGAAAGGAGCAUCUACAGAGAUGAGUUCUGCUGGAAACCAUAUUCCAAGGCAGAGCCUAUAACAAACGAGCCCGCGACAAUAAAGAACAGGAACAAUCCUCAGCCUGGACAUCAUUUCCUGAUAUGGCAGCUGCCUCGAGAAGAAACACCAUUACCUACAGAUAGUUUUUCGCCAUGGACAAAACCUAUUAGUAAACAAGAGUUGGAGGAGGUACUAAAGAAGCAGUACAAAACAGUAUACACAAGAGAUUAUUUAGGAAUACAACCAGGUGCUCCAAGGGAUGAUAUUACUGCCCCUCCAGACUGGAAAACAUUACUCCCAAGACCUCCAGAUACUGAGUUCAGGCGCCAUUAUCAGCCACAAGUCCGUGCACCUGAAUUAAUGGACUUCACUUGGAAAUACGGGUGUAAUGCAAAACGUAAAGCUCCAGUCAAAGGUGCUGUGCCUUCAAUGACAAUUGCUCAGAUCUGGAAUCAUGAACAUAGCAAACAUCUGUCCACCUAUCAGAGAGAUUUUGGAAAAGAUUAUCUUGAUAUCCUAACAGUUCUGAAUUCUGUGGAUCCAGAAGAAAUUAAAGAAUAUGUGGAAAGAGCUCCUAAGCCAGAAAAAGUAAUCCUUCAGAACUUCCUUGAUAAGGUCAGUGGAGACAAAAUAUCCCAAAGACCUUCCUCAUCAAAGAAGACAGAAGAAAAUCCAAUCAAAUGCAUCUGAAACUUUCCAGGAGAAAAUUCAUCAAUAUCUCAGGGUGGCUGUUUUGAAGUUCAAUAUCCUUAUGAUCUGUCUUAAUAGUAAACCAUUUGAAGACUACAUUUACUUUUCUUAUAUUUGAGAGUUCCUUUAGAAAUCUUAAAAGACUGCAGUGGCACUACCAGUUCCCUAGCAUUGUCAAUAUAAUAUGAAUUGAGGAAGUUUUCAAUUGUUAAUUGCCUAAGUUGUGACAUGCUUGAUAUAUUGCAGAUCAAAUCCCUUUAUCCAUUCCAGUUGCACUAGAGGUUUGAUUCUCAUCCUUGAUAUGAUAACAUAUUAAUUUGUCAAAUGCCUUUGUUUUAAUGUUGUUGCAAUUUUGAGAAAUUUUUA